UAGAAAAAAAAAAAAAAUAAUUAUUUUGAUGAGUCCAAUUAAUAAGCGUACGCGGUGGUAAAUGUUUAUAGCUUGGCAAGUGGGAAAUCGUCUCGGUGCUGUGUGUCGAUGGUCGGCGUAACGCUGGCGGGCCCCACCGAGGCGGGCGGUGACGAUCGAUAGGCGGGCGCGGCGCUGCAGUCGCCAUACUCCGCCUGACGCCUGGCGUCCUCGCCUCCCGACACUUUGGCGACCGCUCGCGCCGCGAUAACUCGCGACGAUGCGCGGCGACCGCGCCGCGCGCGACACGCGCCAUAAUAAAGAUCACGAUAACUUAAAGUCAUCACUUAAAAAGGGAACUAAGGCUAAAAAGCAUAGGGUGGUCUUCGAUGAGAGCGCUAAUGAAUUUUUUGAGGCCGAUUAUAUUAUUGUAGUCCGCGACGAGUGCGGGUACUCUGACGAGGGAGAAGGAGACGAGUGCUCAGGAUGCGGCGCGUGCGAGCGCUACCAGGAGCCGGAGCCGGGCGCGCUCAGCCCGCCCGAGGGUUACAAGGACAUGGGGCUGUUCAACCGCGACGGCACGCUGCGCGAGCAGGCCUGGUGGGAAGCGGGCGACGUGCUGCUGGUGGGCGAGCGCUCGGGCACGGUGUUCACGCCACAGCACCUGCAGCUGCUGCGCCGCCUGCAGCGCGAGAGGAUGCUGCGCUCCACCAUCUGUGCCGACUGCGACGCACACGCGGCCCUUCACCAGCCUCUAGAAAUGGAAUACAGCUAUGAAGAGGAAGAGGCGAGUGACGUUGAGCCAGACUUGCGGCCGGUAGCGCGAAGGACAGCCAAGCACAUCGCGGCCGGCGAAGAGCGACCCCGUAUCAACUCAAGCCAGCAGACAACUCCUACCGAUGAGUGCGCCCCCGAUGUCUGUAUUGAAGAGAGAGAGGCCAAGAUCGAAGCGCCCAUAGCGCCUCUGAUUAGCGAGGACAGUGACACGGGUGAUAAUGAUGGGCGUUUGUCUGCUGAGAACUCCCCGCUGCGCCAGCGACGAGGCGGCAUACUCAAAGGGGGGAGGUUGUGGAAAUCAUUGGACACCGAUAAAGACAUUGAACAGAAUGAGGAUCAGCGCUCAACAACAACUGCUAGUGACGAGGACGGGUCGAUCACCCCUCGCUCCGUUCGCUUCUUGGAAAGGCCUAAAGACUCUGAGGAGGAGGUCCCGAAGAAGGAAACAGAACCGGCUCAGACACAAACAAACGAUACCGAAAACACACAGAAAGAAUUCGCCACGAGUACAACACACAGACUCGAAACCCCGCUCAUCCUAACGAUCCACGCGCCCAAAGCAAACUCGGCGGUGCAGCAGCUGUUCAACAGCGGUAGGCCCCCGCCACCCGCCAUCGAACCACAGUUAGUCACUUCUGAAACGCUAAGAGCCUGGGAUGCCGGCCGGCCUAAGACUGAGGAGGCCGCGGUGCGGCGCGUAGCAGAGAGGAACGCGCUACGGUGCUCGUUACUACGCAGUGAGGCCAGGAAGAAACAACAACCAAAGGAAACUACAUCUCUUGCGGAGCGCAUCCGACUGCUGACUUGUGACGUGGAAGAUGAUCAAGAGGAGCAGCGCUCAUCACCGGCGGGAGCGAGUGUCGACAAAAUGUCGAACAGUAGUGACAAGUCCAGCGACAAAUCUUACAACAGUCUUAACAUCGACAAGAAUUGCGAGAAGGCCUUUGGAAGUGCCUCGUCCAGCUCGUCAUCAUCAACAAUAUCGGCUCCGCUGCCCACUCGCCAACAACCUCCAGACUUGGGAGAUGUUCAUCAGGAGCCACAAAAGCCAAAGUCCGAACCACGCCGCCAGUUCCUGUCUACUCUAGCCCCGCUGACAGCGUGUGUUGGUAGCGCAGCUCAUCAUGAGGGUUUCUACUACCUGCCUCCGGGAGACAGAUCUUCCGCGUCAUCUGCCACCAACCUGGAUAUGCAGGAACAUAAUGACGCACCAGCACCAGAUGUGGUAGCUGGCACCCCGGGAGCUGGUGAAGGUGACGAUGGAUUGGCUGCUUUUGCCCGAGCCACAGCCCCGAGAACAGAGAGACUAAGGCAGCGAUAUGGCCAGGAGUCACAACCAGCUAGCAGUGAUGAUGAACACGAUGAUUACGGUUUUCAUCGCCGUCCUGCCGUUCGAGGCAUUGCAAUAAAACAACAGCUAGGGGCAUCUGACGAAAUACUGCAACAGAUGCAAAACGAGUUACAGCCAUCACCGGGCACGACUCCUCAACAAAUGCCAACACAUGCUUGCCAGCGCACAAACUCAAACUACUCAUGGCCGUAUUACUCCGAAGCUAAUCUCAACUCUAGGCCGCAAAGCAGAGCCAGUGCCAAUUCGAACUGGUCGAAGUCUUCGGACUAUAUGUCAUCGCGCCCGUGUGGAGGAACACCGGUACCACAACAGCACUCCGAUGCUUGCUACGCUCACGCGCAGAAUAUGGCGUCCUAUGCUCAUUAUCAACAACAGAGGCAGCAACAAGAAACCAUGUACAGAAACUGCUCUCUGUAUGCUAACAUCGGAUGUUCGGAUAGCAGCCAGGAGCUAUACAGUUCUCAGACGAGCUCAGAACAGACAUCGCCAGUCCGAGCUGCUCCACGAUGCCGGCGGCCUGAAUCACCUCCGCCGAUCAGAAAUCACCACCAGCUGCUGUAUGUGCCAUACAGCACCCAUUACCAUUAUCAACACCAUGACUAUGGGACAGCGGGACAGUGGCAGCAGACUAACGAUUACAACCGUAUGCACACAUACUAUCAACAGCAGACGCGCAGUGGGGCAAGCACGCCGCAAUCUACAGCCGUGCAACCGCAACGGGCACAUUACACACAUUCACUCCAGCUACAGACGCUGUGCCCAGCACCCGCAAGAUACAGGCCUGUCCCAGCGCCUCAGCCUGGAGGCGGAAAACAAAUGAUUUGCUACUCCGAAAAGGUUGCUGCUCCAAUGUACCAGCCUGCUCCUGGUUCUCCGUCUAGAGUAGCAAGGGGAGCCCCUGAGGGUGCACCGUCGGGAGUUUCCGCGCAGUCGGCCACAUCCCCAAUGGCACCUCCCUCCAACCCCGUGUACUACGCGAUGAAUGUCUGACGGGGGGACUAGGUGAGGAUCGUGGUGGACCCUACCGGCAAGGUCCAUGUUAGCGUUCAGCCGCCGCCAGCGAAUUCUGCAGAAUCAUCAAAGAAACAGAAAUAAAGUUGUAGUUAUAAUCGAAUCCUAUCAAAUGCAGAUUCGAUGGCAAGGUCCCUAUUUGGUCUUUGUCUCCGCUUUGCUUGUUGAAGUGUUACAAGAAAAGUAUUUUAUGUAGGCAUCGAUUUGGCACAGAGGGAAAUGUUUAUGAAAAAUGAUUGUCACAAGCUUUCUGUGGAGUCAGGAUCGUUACUUUGGGACCGAAUACAACAAAAUCACAUCUAUGUCUUCGUUGUAGAUAAAUGGACUUUACUUUAAUCAAACUUAUUUGCUUUUAUAUGUAAAAUUUUGCUUGUCUGAUUGGCAAGGGAUUCCUAAUCUUUGGUAAUACUUACUUGCCAAUCAUUUCAAAAAUUAGCUUAAUCCUCAAAACAGUCUCGACUUAGAUCAAUACCAAAGAAUAUUUUGCCAAAGUGUAUGAGGACAUCUGACGUAACUUUUCAUACAUAAAUUUGUUUUACUUAUUAUUAGUCUAAGUACUGUAUCUAGACUGUUUGGUUUAAAAAGUAUAAAGAGUUAGUGAGUGAAUUAAUUAUUUUUGUUUUUAUAUUAUUUUAGAUACGUUGACUAGAUCAAGAACAGUUGAAUUAAUGUAAACCUGUAAUCCACUCAUAUUAAGAUUUUCGUCGCGUAUGUUGAGGUUUUACUGUUUUUAUGCCUGGCAACUGAGGAUGUUGUACUGCUUAAAUAAUUUUAAUUAUUACAGCUUUGUCUGUAUUGUAUAUGUAUGUGUAAAAUGAAACGGCCUAGAAGAAUUGGUUAUGUUAAGUAGAGCAAAAGUAUUAUUGUAAAACUUCCUUUAAAUGGAAUUUGCAUUUCAAAAGUUGAAUCAUUUCAUUAAAUAGCUAAAAUACCUGAGAUAUUUUCUAAGUAUAAGAAUAAUUAAUUUAUGUGCUUAGUGAAUACACCUAAUAUUAAUGUCAUUUUAAUGUCUAUCAAUAACCAGUAGUUUUGAUGAAAAUACGAUAUCUACUUGUUCCAUUUUACGAGAACCAAGAUUUUGACGUAUUUUAUAUUGAAAAUAUAGGUACCUAAUAACUUUGAUCUCAUUGUUGAUGUUGUUCGUGAAUUGGCCUUAUUGGGGCCUACCGGGUAUAUAUUUACAAACAAUACAUUUACUAUCAGAUUACUCUUCAUUGACCUCUGUCAUGGAUUUCUUUACCCGAGAUUAUUUAAAUAAUUGUAAGUAGGCAAUAAGUCCGGAUUGACAAAAAAUAUUAAAAGCCACACGAAUAAAAUCUGUUAUUGAUUAAAAAGCCGCCGUACUUGAACACUAACAUAGUGAAAAGUUUACUGACUUCUAAAGAAAUAGAGAACUGAGUUCUCAUUGGAUUUAGUAAACAGUAAUAAAAAAAUACUAUGGCUACCACUACCUAUUUAUAACGAGUGCCAAAUUAUUAUGAACGAUUUAGCGACUUUAGCAAAAGUAUUGAAAUUGGUUAAUUGGCACGUUUGUAAUUUCCUGGCCGGCCUACAAAUAUAAAUAAGUAAUUAACAUAGGUAGGUAUAUGCCACCAACGAUUACUACGCUAUAAGGAACUAAAGAUUAUCUGCCCAACUGCAACUGCUUACUGAACAAACGGACACCUCUAUUGUA